GCAAACAUACCAAUUUAUACUAAUUUAUCGUGUUGCCACCAGGUCGACAACACUAAAUAUGUGUGAAAAAUUUUCAAUUAGAGAAACAGAAACGGCGAAACGUCUUUGGUCUAGCCUUCUAGAUGAAGUAACAAACAAAGCUAAAGUUGGUCUGUCGGACUCCAAAAAUCUUGUCGUAUUUGGUGACGAUCAGUGCGGAAAAUCAACUUUGAUUUGUCGGCUUCAAGGCAAUGAAGACAAGCGGGAAGGAUUUGGUCUGGAAUAUGAUAUAAUCGAGGUGAAAGAUGAAGUUAAAGAUGUUUCCGCAAACCUGAGCGUCUCCGUUAUAGAUGGAAACCCUAUUCAAAGCUAUCUGCUAAAAUAUGUGAUGACCGAGGACUCGUUCAACGACCAAAUGGCUAUUAUAGUCGUCAGCAUAAAUGAACCUUGGAAAAUAAUUGAAGCUUUGGAAAAAUGGGCAGAAAUACUUAAUAAACACAUCAAUAAACUAAAACUGUCAAAAGAAAUGAUAAAAGCUUGCAAAUCAAGGAUUUCAAAAGAAUUUUAUGGCUACGCUGAGCCAGAAGCGUCAACAAAUGAUAUUAUUAAUCCAGUAAAUUUAGCUUCACUGUCCACUAUGUAUGCAACAUCUCAAGAAACUACCCCUCAGUUAUCAUUUUUAAAUGAUAAUGAGUCGUUUAUUGAAGAAAUGUACGAGGAUAAUGUAUUAAAUAACAAUCUUGGUGUACCGUUAAUCGUUGUUGUAACAAAGACGGACUUAAUGAAGAUAAUGAUCAAAGAAAAUCAAUAUUCAGAAGAACAUUUUGAUUUUAUACAAAUGCAUAUACGACGAUUUUGUCUUUCGUAUGGAGCAGCAUUAUUUUAUGUGUCAGUGAAAGAAGAUAAAAACUGUGAUUUACUAAAUCGUUACAUUCGGCAUCGUAUUUAUGGGUUUCCUUUUAGUCGAAGCGCAUAUAUAGUAGAAGGAGAUUGUAUUUUCAUUCCAGCAGGUUGGGAUAAUCAUAAAAAGAUUAAUAUCCUAGGUGAAAAUUUAACAAAAAUCAAUGCACAACAUCCUUUUUCUACCGUUAUCCCAAGACCAGUACCACGUAAAGCAAUUCACAAAGAACCAGAGAUAAUGGCCAUUGAUGAACAGGCUUUUCUCCUUCGACUUUCAACAAUCAAAGAAAACGAGAACAUAGAUCCUAACAUGCUAAAAGAAUUUUUAGGCUCUGGGGGUUUACCGUCCAAUUCAAAACAGCCUGCAAAUAGUUUUAAAAUUGGAUCAGGUGCUAAAACCAUGGAUGAUAACAGUCGUUUACCGGUCAGUCCAACCCCUAUAUUUCGUACAAAAAUUUCUCCAGUAGGUCCAACAAAUAAUUUAACUAGCACUCCUUCUAUACAAGGUACUUCAGAUGGCGUACUAGCUGAUUUCUUUUCAAAUCUGCUUAAAAAGCGACCAGUUGUAAAUAACACUACUGGAGAAACGUCUACUGAGCCUCAGCUUCAACGUACAUCACUAUCAUCAGACCAAAAAGACAAACAACAAGACAACAUGGAUACAAGUGUAAAAUGUUCAAGGAACAGCAUAGAUCAAGAUGGGGAAAAACUUUUCACUAUUGAGAUUACAGAAAAACACACAGAGUACGCGAAAGUGGAAACAGAUUUUAACGAUAUUACCAAACAAAACGAAUACACGGAGACUGAUCAAGAAAAAGUGAAAAACGAGAGUGACGAGAUAACAAAUAAUGCGUCAGUAAAACUAGAAAAGGAUGAACCUAAACACAAGCAACAAAAUGACAUAACAAAAGGAAAAAAGACAAAAACAAUGGAAGGAAAUAAUGGACGCGAAGAGUCGGAAAAAUUAGUGAGAAACAAUGAAAAUAAACAGUCAAAAAGAGAAAAUAAAAAUAGCGAGUUACAAGAGACGAGUAAUCAGGACCUCCAAAAUCAAAACAAAACUCCCACUGAACUCAGAGAAAAAAUUGGUGAAGUGGAUAGUGCACAAAAAUUCGACGCUCCUUUGGUCGCCUGUAUGAAUGCGUCGAAGGCACACUUAGAUCCAAUGACUGAUCAACCACCUGUUGUCGAGUUGUCACAAACAUCAGAUAAUCUGACUGACCACAUUGACACAGAGCAUCUAAACAACCAACUCCACACCUCUCCUGACAACACAAAUCCCACUGAUCUCAACGACGAAAUCAAUGAAGUGGACAGUGCACCGAACUCCGAGUCGACAAUUGUUCCGAGUCACAUAUCUCCAUUGUUAGGACACACCUCGGAAACCAGUAUCACUACAAUUCGUAGUGACACGAUGACUGAAGGUCGUUCUGACGAGAAUCACGAACUACCUGAGACUAGUCAUCAGGACCUCCAAAAUCAAAACAAAACUCCCACUGAACUCAGAGAAAAAAUUGGUGAAGUGGAUAGUGCACAAAAAUUCGACGCUCCUUUGGUCGCCUGUAUGAAUGCGUCGAAGGCACACUUAGAUCCAAUGACUGAUCAACCACCUGUUGUCGAGUUGUCACAAACAUCAGAUAAUCUGACUGACCACAUUGACACAGAGCAUCUAAACAACCAACUCCACACCUCUCCUGACAACACAAAUCCCACUGAUCUCAACGACGAAAUCAAUGAAGUGGACAGUGCACCGAACUCCGAGUCGACAAUUGUUCCGAGUCACAUAUCUCCAUUGUUAGGACACACCUCGGAAACCAGUAUCACUACAAUUCGUAGUGACACGAUGACUGAAGGUCGUUCUGACGAGAAUCACGAACUACCUGAGACUAGUCAUCAGGACCUCCAAAAUCAAAACAAAACUCCCACUGAACUCAGAGAAAAAAUUGGUGAAGUGGAUAGUGCACAAAAAUUCGACGCUCCUUUGGUCGCCUGUAUGAAUGCGUCGAAGGCACACUUAGAUCCAAUGACUGAUCAACCACCUGUUGUCGAGUUGUCACAAACAUCAGAUAAUCUGACUGACCACAUUGACACAGAGCAUCUAAACAACCAACUCCACACCUCUCCUGACAACACAAAUCCCACUGAUCUCAACGACGAAAUCAAUGAAGUGGACAGUGCACCGAACUCCGAGUCGACAAUUGUUCCGAGUCACAUAUCUCCAUUGUUAGGACACACCUCGGAAACCAGUAUCACUACAAUUCGUAGUGACACGAUGACUGAAGGUCGUUCUGACGAGAAUCACGAACUACCUGAGACUAGUCAUCAGGACCUCCAAAAUCAAAACAAAACUCCCACUGAACUCAGAGAAAAAAUUGGUGAAGUGGAUAGUGCACAAAAAUUCGACGCUCCUUUGGUCGCCUGUAUGAAUGCGUCGAAGGCACACUUAGAUCCAAUGACUGAUCAACCACCUGUUGUCGAGUUGUCACAAACAUCAGAUAAUCUGACUGACCACAUUGACACAGAGCAUCUAAACAACCAACUCCACACCUCUCCUGACAACACAAAUCCCACUGAUCUCAACGACGAAAUCAAUGAAGUGGACAGUGCACCGAACUCCGAGUCGACAAUUGUUCCGAGUCACAUAUCUCCAUUGUUAGGACACACCUCGGAAACCAGUAUCACUACAAUUCGUAGUGACACGAUGACUGAAGGUCGUUCUGACGAGAAUCACGAACUACCUGAGACUAGUCAUCAGGACCUCCAAAAUCAAAACAAAACUCCCACUGAACUCAGAGAAAAAAUUGGUGAAGUGGAUAGUGCACAAAAAUUCGACGCUCCUUUGGUCGCCUGUAUGAAUGCGUCGAAGGCACACUUAGAUCCAAUGACUGAUCAACCACCUGUUGUCGAGUUGUCACAAACAUCAGAUAAUCUGACUGACCACAUUGACACAGAGCAUCUAAACAACCAACUCCACACCUCUCCUGACAACACAAAUCCCACUGAUCUCAACGACGAAAUCAAUGAAGUGGACAGUGCACCGAACUCCGAGUCGACAAUUGUUCCGAGUCACAUAUCUCCAUUGUUAGGACACACCUCGGAAACCAGUAUCACUACAAUUCGUAGUGACACGAUGACUGAAGGUCGUUCUGACGAGAAUCACGAACUACCUGAGACUAGUCAUCAGGACCUCCAAAAUCAAAACAAAACUCCCACUGAACUCAGAGAAAAAAUUGGUGAAGUGGAUAGUGCACAAAAAUUCGACGCUCCUUUGGUCGCCUGUAUGAAUGCGUCGAAGGCACACUUAGAUCCAAUGACUGAUCAACCACCUGUUGUCGAGUUGUCACAAACAUCAGAUAAUCUGACUGACCACAUUGACACAGAGCAUCUAAACAACCAACUCCACACCUCUCCUGACAACACAAAUCCCACUGAUCUCAACGACGAAAUCAAUGAAGUGGACAGUGCACCGAACUCCGAGUCGACAAUUGUUCCGAGUCACAUAUCUCCAUUGUUAGGACACACCUCGGAAACCAGUAUCACUACAAUUCGCAGUGACACGAUGACUGAAGGUCGUUCUGACGAGAAUCACGAACUACCUGAGACUAGUCAUCAGGACCUCCAAAAUCAAAACAAAACUCCCACUGAACUCAGAGAAAAAAUUGGUGAAGUGGAUAGUGCACAAAAAUUCGACGCUCCAUUGGUCGCCUGUAUGAAUGCGUCGAAGGCACACUUAGAUCCAAUGACUGAUCAACCACCUGUUGUCGAGUUGUCACAAACAUCAGAUAAUCUGACUGACCACAUUGACACAGAGCAUCUAAACAACCAACUCCACACCUCUCCUGACAACACAAAUCCCACUGAUCUCAACGACGAAAUCAAUGAAGUGGACAGUGCACCGAACUCCGAGUCGACAAUUGUUCCGAGUCACAUAUCUCCAUUGUUAGGAACUACCUCAGACAUGUUAAACAGUUUAGUACCUAAUACUAAUAACUCGCACGUUGGUCUUUCCGCCAUUCUGGCUAACGAAAAUAAUGUGGCUGUUUUACCUGAUGUGGCUAUAUCGGGAUCUGAUUCUACAUCCAUUGUUCUUGCUGAUGCAGGAUAUUCCGAAAAUAUAUCGUCAAAUGGCAAUUCGAUUUUGUCUGAGGAUUUUUCGAAAACUGUUACUUCACCGACAAAUGAAGGAACUACAUCUCGUGCUCCUUCAGUAAUCAAUUCACCACUCUCCAUUCAAAAGUCCCUAGAAAGUAUAAAAGUUCAUUCGCGUUUGAAACCGUCGUCUUAUACGGACACCACAAUUCAGAAGAACAAAUCUUUACCUCCAAGCCCUAAACUAUUACAAAAACCAACAGUUAAACAAUAUAUAAGUGGUUCACAAAGGUCACCUACAAUGACUGGACCGAAUUUUGGACAGACAAAUAUUUUAACGAAUACUAAAACAAAGUAUGCAAGUUCAACAAGUGCGAAUGCAUCACCUAAUCUUAUCAGAAAACCAUUAUCUUCCUUGUCAAAGAACACUGAUAGUAAAAAGUAGAACAAUUUUAUUUUUAGUAUGUCACAAAAAGAAACAACGAGAAGAAAAAGUAAUUUUUCCACAUUAUUUUCAUUACGAUCAUUAUUUUACUUAAAGUUUUUACUUUUAAUUAUAAUACAUAACGUAGAGUGAUUGUUCUUAACCGCUUUAUUAUAAGAUAUUAUGAGGUUUCAUUCAGGAUAUAUAUAUAUAAUGAGCCUUCUGUUAUAACAACAUUGAUAUUCAUAUUUUAAUGUAUGUUUUUCGUGUUUCCUUCAUUUACUAAUGACAACAAUAAUAAUCAUAAAAAGAAAGUUAAGACG